CAUCAUGGCUGAAGGAGGUAAAACACCUUAUGAUGUGUUCCGGAAAAUGAUCCGCCCCCAACUUACAGCUGCACUUGGAAAAGAGUCAACUUUCACAAAUGUUACUGACAUCCUUUUAGCAGAUGACCUAAUAACAGAGCAACAACUUGAGUCUAUAAAAACCAAAACAAACUUAUCAGAUCAAAAAAGAGGCAGUGAAGUGGCUCACUGCCUCCGCGACAAGAUUAGGAAUCAUGAUGAUCCUGCUAAAUGUCUUCUCCAGAUUUGUGACAUAUUUGAAGAUGAAGAUGUAGGAAGUGAAGUACUAAAGAAACAUGGAGCAACCAUGAGAAGUAAAAUUGAAGAAACUCCAGAAGCAUCAAGAAGUGACCCAAUCAAGGCCCAACCCACUGUCCCUGUCUCCUCUGGUACUACUGCUUCCAGUCGGUUUAGAAGUGUUUCCAAUAGACUGGAAAAUGCCAUAUCCUCUUGCUUAACUGGAGUUGUAGGCAAGCUUUAUGCUCAAGGAUUAAUUUCCCUUGAGCUAAAAGAUGAGAUGAUCAAUAGUCAUGAUAUUCCUUCAAAGAAAGCCUCAAAGUUAGUAAGCGAGUUACAAAGGAGUCUUAACAAUGAUAAACAUCCUGAGAUUUUUUUAAAUGACGUUUGUACAGUAUUAAGAGAAGUGGGAGAGAAACCAAUCACUGAUAUAGCCAAUGAAUUGGUACCAACUGCUACAGUCAUAGGCGUAUCUAGCCUUCUCCAGCUACUAGGGCACUUAAUUAAUUAUUCAUAUAAUUAAUUAAUUAUUCAUAUAUCUAAUUAAUUAAUCAUACCUUUAACUAUUGAUUGGGACAAUUUGGGCAAAGGCAUUUUAAAUUUAAGACCUAUAACUGCCCUGGUGCUUGAAUAAACACUUGUAACAUGUAGGUGUGUGCUAAAUUAUUGUGGUUAACAGUGCUAACUAUUGUGGUUAACAGUCCUCCCACUGUUACAAUACUGUGUAUAAUACAAUAACCAAUGAAUAUAAUUAUGGCUGCAAAUUUCUACCCGGGCAAAGCCCGUGCUUGCCCGGGUCCAAAUACGCCUAUGGCUACAGUGUCAUCUAAUGGAAGCAGUAGAUCUACUACUAGUACCAGCAUGCAAGCUAUUAGUACUGAUAAUGGGAAAAGGACAUUGUACUAUUGAAUAUUGUACUACUUCUUUUCGUUCAGCAAAUACUUUUUAUCGUACUGAAUUUCCUCCAGCAUAAUAUUUUGAUAUUUUAAUAACCAAAAACAUAUACUGUACAUGUAAUUGUAGUUGUACAUGUAGCUAUUCUUCGCUUGAGUGUAUUGAACUAUAUUUUUUUAUAGGCACAACAGCCCAGGAGAUAAUGGCAGAAUUUAAGCCAAAUUACGUAAUUGCCAUUGGAAUAUGCUUUGGAAUGGAUCGAAGCAAAGUAAACCUUGCUGAUGUUAUUGUUUCUAGUAAGAUUGUGAACUUAUCUAACUUUCGUAAGGAACCAGGAAGUGUCGAGCUUCGUAAACCUGACAUUUCAGUAGGAGUGACGCUUUCUAAAAUUUUCUCCGAUCCCACUCACGGUUUUAAAAAGAAACACUCUGAUGAAGAAAAUGCCAAAAAGGUCAAAGUUCAUUCUGGCCCUAUUGUUACUUCUCCUGUUUUGGUCGAUGAUGAAGAAUUUAAAAAAGAAUCGAGAAGCAUUCGUUCUCAAGGUCCUGAUCUUUAUGCUGGUGAAAUGGAAGGAGCUGGGAUAUAUUCUGCUGCUAGACGUGAUGCUCAGAGACCAGAAAUUAUUGUCAUUAAGAGUGUUGGUGACUGGGGCGAUGGUACAAAGGAUGAAUGCAGAGGUUGGAAACAUUUUGCAUCUCAUACAGCUGCCACAUACGUUCAUUAUCAAUUGAAUAAUGUUUCUCCAGACUCUCUAAAGCAGAAGAACUAGCGUAAUGGUGUGAUGUGAGCUGCCGGCUUGAAAUCUUUUGCAUUAAUUGAAUGUAAAUAUUACACUCUGUGUGUGUGUGUGUGUGUGAAUUCUUUAUCUUUGCAUUAAGAUAAAACUAUAGAUUGUUAUUAGUGAGAGAAACCAUUUUACUAUAAUUUUGAAUGG